CAGAGAACCGCUGAGCUGCGGAGAGCAGGCCACCCAGGCCAGUCACCAGGCCAGCCACACAGGCCAGCCACACAGGCCAGCCACACAGGCCAGUCACCAGGCCAGCCACCAGGCCAGUCACCAGGCCAGCCACACAGGCCAGCCACACAGGCCAGUCACCAGGCCAGCCACACAGGCCAGCCACACAGGCCAGUCACCAGGCCAGUCACCAGGCCAGCCACACAGGCCAGCCACCAGGCCAGCCACACAGGCCAGACACACAGGCCAGCCACACAGGCUAGCCACACAGGCCAGCCACACAGGCCAGCCACACAGGCUAGCCACACAGGCCAGCCAACAACCCAGCCACACAGGCCAGCCACACAGGCUAGCCACACAGGCCAGCCAACAACCCAGCCACACAGGCCAGCCACACAGGCCAGCCACACAGGCCAGCCACCAGGCCAGCCACACAGGCCAGCCACACAGGCCAGUCACACAGGCCAGUCACCAGGCCAGCCACCAGGCCAGUCACCAGGCCAGCCACACAGGCCAGUCACCAGGCCAGUCACACAGGCCAGCCACACAGGCCAGUCACCAGGCCAGCCACACAGGUCAGCCACACAGGCCAGCCACACAGGCCAGCCACACAGGCCAGUCACCAGGCCAGUCACCAGGCCAGCCACACAGGCCAGUCACCAGGCCAGCCACACAGGCCAGCCACACAGGCCAGUCACCAGGCCAGCCACACAGGCCAGCCACACAGGCCAGUCACCAGGCCAGACACCAGGCCAGCCACACAGGCCAGCCACCAGGCCAGCCACACAGGCCAGACACACAGGCCAGCCACACAGGCUAGCCACACAGGCCAGCCACACAGGCCAGCCACACAGGCUAGCCACACAGGCCAGCCAACAACCCAGCCACACAGGCCAGCCACACAGGCCAGCCACACAGGCCAGCCACACAGGCCAGCCACCAGGCCAGCCACACAGGCCAGCCACACAGGCCAGACACACAGGCCAGCCACACAGGCUAGCCACACAGGCCAGCCACACAGGCCAGCCACACAGGCCAGCCACACAGGCCAGUCACACAGGCCAGUCACACAGGCCAGCCAACAACCCAGCCACACACGCCAGCCACACAGGCCAGCCACACAGGCCGGUCACACAGGCCAGCCAACAACCCAGCCACACACGCCAGCCACACAGGCCAGCCACACAGGCUAGCCACACAGGCCAGCCACACAGGCUAGCCACACAGGCCAGCCAACAACCCAGUCACACAGGCCAGCCACACAGGCUAGCCACACAGGCCAGCCAACAACCCAGCCACACAGGCCAGCUACCAGGGCAGCCACACACACCAGCCACACAGGCCAGCCACACAGGCCGGUCACACAGGCCAGCCAACAACCCAGCCACACACGCCAGCCACACAGGCCAGCCACACAGGCUAGCCACACAGGCCAGCCACACAGGCUAG